UUGUGAAACUGGCAACAGGUUGCGAAACAGGUUCAACAGGAUUUUCUGGGGACAGCUUCCCCAUCGGGACCCAGUUGAGCAGCUGCAGCGUCACUGGCAGCCGCAGACACGGAGCAGAGACGCAGCUGUGCAGACACUGCUGCCCCGGCGGAGUGAAGGGUCGCCAUGGGAGGUGACGUCGCCAUGACCUGCCUGCUUCUCGCCCCGCUCUUGCUGCCCACCUCCGCCAUUAGGAUGCUGCACACCAUGAAGGACCUCAGCACGACAGGGUAUGGCUGUCCCAACCCCAGACACGGGCUGCAACUCCUGCGCUGGCUGGCGCAAAGCGUCAUCUACUUCGACAACAACGGAAUCAUGCGGGCUCGAUUUCUUGACAACCAGUAUGGGUUCCACUACUAUGGCAACUACGAGAAUAUCCUUCCAACCCUGCACUGGGAUCAGCAGUACUUUGAAGUUGGAAAUCUGAAUUACAACGGAGCUGAUGCCUUGCCUUACAGCGUCCGGGCAGCGUAUGACCAGCGCCAAGGCACUUCAUACGAGUAUAACAUGGAUCGCAUUGUGGUUCAGCGCAGACGGAACUCCAAUGAGAUCGGAGCUGUGUACAUCACAGAGCACCAGCCUUGGUCUGGCACUUUGAACAGUCAGAAUACCUUUCGCAUCAGCCCAGAUCUCAUCCGAAGCUUACAGAGCCCAUCCCGCGCCACGUCCUUCCAACACCAGUAUCAUGGAAAUCUCCAGUUUAAUAAUCAGGCUAUACAUACUAGCAGAUUUCAAGUGUCACCCAGUCAAGACCAAACUUUCUGUGUGGGUCUUUGUUGGUGCUUAUGUCUUCUGAUAAUUUUUAUAUUUGCUAUGAUUUUUUUAGGGGCCAGUAGUGGAGGGAAAAAAUGGUGAUUAUAUUCAUUAACAUCAUACUGUCUUUCUGCAUUGUUCCAGUGAUAUAAAUCACUGCAGAAAAAUUUCAACGAUGUUGUUUAAAUUCUUGGAUUGGGUUAC